GUUCGUUCUGUUAUAGCGUAGCCCUGAGUCAACUCGACAUACACACUGAUGAGAAUACAUACGCCGCUGGCCGCUCCUUCGGGGCAGCCGGGCACAUAGCGCGCUCGCCGACUUGCGCGGGUCCUGUCGACGUAUCUCGGACCGCGAUGCUAUCUCUUCACCAAUGAGGUAUCGUGACCCGCUUGACAGCGUAAACGGCAUUUAGGAGGCUAUCAAGUUGGCGACAGCGACACGUAUAUAAGCUUGAACCUCGACCACGACCACACAACCCAGUCUCACCUCCUCCCCGCUCGUUCAUCAUGGCGCCCAAGGUCGCGAUCAUCAUCUACACCAUGUACGGCCACAUCGGAAAGAUGGCUGAAGCGGUCAAGGCGGGCGUCGCUGCUGCCGGAGGUAACGCGACUAUCUAUCAAAUCCCCGAAACACUGCCGCAGGAAGUCCUGACCAAAAUGCAUGCACCAAGCAAACCUGAAUUCCCCAUCAUCGAUGCGAAGACCAUGGCUACCUUCGACGGUCUCAUCUUUGGCAUCCCCACACGCUACGGUAAUUUCCCUGGGCAAUGGAAGGCCUUCUGGGACACGACAGGUGGACUGUGGGCAUCUGGCGGCCUAUCCAAGAAGUUCUGCAGCGUGUUCGUGUCGACCGGGACACCUGGUGGCGGACAAGAGAUGACUGUCGCGAACGCGAUGUCAACGUUCGUCCACCACGGUAUGAUCUUCGUCCCGCUCGGGUACGCGAAGACUUUUGCGCAACUGAGCAACCUCAACGAGGUCCGGGGCGGCUCGCCUUGGGGUGCUGGAACCUUCGCAGGAGGAGACGGCUCACGCCAGCCUUCGCCGCUGGAGCUGGAGGUCGCGGAGAUUCAAGGAAAGCAGUUCUGGGAGAUCGUCAGCAAGUACCAAUUCUAGAUGCACGUACUCGGUCAUCCAUGUAGUCUCGCUAGCCCCAAUGUCGCUUGCAAAGGUCAAAUGUGAAGCAUUGUCAUCGACAAA